AUGGCUCUUCGUCUUCGAGGCCUUCUGCUGCUUGCAGUCGCUGCGGCGCUGGCCCUGGUGAACUGCACUGGCUUCGUCAACACCGGCAUUCAAGGCCGCCUGUCCCAGGAUGUGACGGCACUCAGAGCCGAGGCGAAGAAGGCACCAAAGAAGAAGGCCAAGGGUCCCUGGGUAGGGCCAAAGAAGGGCUCUUGGGUGAAGAUCCUGCGCCCCGAGUCUUACUGGUUCCAGCAGCGAGGACAGGUGGUGAACGUGAACCAGAAACCUGAGGUCAAGUAUCCGGUCACCGUGAAGUUCGACUCUGUGAACUACGCAAAUGUGAACACCAACGGCUACGCGCUGUGGGAGGUGAUCGAGGCGCCUGCCCCGGGCCCAGGUGAGGUCUGA